AUGCGCCACUUCAGAUUAAACCGUUGCUCUUACACGCCGAACCUAACCUCGCUAACUAAUCAGGUGAACCGUAGUGAACGAUUGCGCAAGUGGGGCAGUGUUGGUGUCCCACCCGGUUUUCCCCGCAUCCCUCGACUCGAAGCAAAGGGCAUUGCCAUAUUACAUGAAUCUCCCAAAGUGAUACUUGCCGGUCGCAGCCGAUGCAACAACUUUGACAGCAAUCAGUACAUGUUAAUUAACAAGGCGACCAAACGUUGUUUGUUGGUUGAUGCAUCCGACGACUGGCCAGACGACUGGGCCGCAUUUAUUGGAGCUUCUGACUUGACCUUAACACAUGUGUUCCUCACGCAUUGCCACAUCGACAAUAUUAUUAACCUGAAUGCUUUUCUCACUAUAUGCGGCAGCCGGCAGAAGCAACGAGUUCAAGUCGACAGCCAGGAUAAUGAUAACCGCGAGGACGAUAAUGGGAGUGAUGAAAUCGGUGUUAUGUGGUGUCCAGCAGAGGAAUGUUGGGUGCAAAACUUUAAGCGGUCCUGCGAAAGGUACGGAAGGUUCGAGGAGAUGCACCAGGUGCUUCCCAUGAUGUGCCGUAGCCUUUACACGCCCCAGCACUUAGUGGACCCGGUAAUAGCUGGUUUCUCUCGUCGCAAUGCCCGGCACCUUCGGCGGAACGAUGUGCUGCUGUCAGCGGCCACGAAUCGGGCAACGUCGUUUAUUGACUUUGGUAACGGCGUACUCCUUUAUUACAUAUUUUCCCCAGGCCACUCCCCUGGCCACAUGAUGCUUCACAUACCAACGGAAAGAAUCCUUUUCAGUGGUGACCUUCUCUUCUUCAACAAGGUGGGCCGAGUGGAUUUGCCCUGGGCGACGGGCGUACGGCUCGCUGAGAGCCUGCGCCUGUUAGAAGCACUUCCAGACAAUACCGUUGUGGUUCCGGGCCACGGCCGCAUGACGACGCUGGGUCGUGAAAGGCGUGAGAAUGAGGCGCUGCAACAGUGUUAUCAACGACAGGAGAUUGGGAAACAAGAGGUGUCAGUGGGUUUUAAUGAAGGCUAUCUUUAA